ACAAGACGCUCUCUUCUCACAAAAAUAAAUAUAAGCGAAUUGUGAGUAAAUAAACACAAACAACGAGACCUGUUGUUCAGUUAUUCCUCAACGCUCGCCAUGUUCAAGAUAAUUUUGCUUCUAGUCGCUUCGCUUGUUAUUUCUAGCAAUGCUGAUGCCAUUGCCGAACGACGUCGCAUCGCCCAAGAAUGCCGUGUCGGCAAAAAUGUCUCAGAUGAAGUUGUCGAGAAUCUCGUGAAGAACAAUUACGUUGAUGUUGAUCCGACACCGGAGAACUCGUGUUUCGCACGUUGCGUAGCUCAAAAGUUUGGAUUUACCAAAGACGAUGGCGAUUAUAAUCGAGAUCAUGUUGUCAAUAAUGCUCCGAGUGAUUUGCAACCAAAAUUCACCGAAUACAUGGAUGCCUGCAAAGAAGAAGUUGGCGUAGAUGCUUGUCAAACCGCAUUCAAGAAGAACAAAUGCUUCUUCGCCAAAUACGAGGAAGGCAAAAGCUUGUGGGAGAAAAUCAAGGGAUUUUUCGGAUGAUUUAAUAAAUAAAUUGCUGGUUAAGUGGAACAAAAAAAAACUAUAAUAGCAACUUGAUUUCUUUUGAGAUAACUUGUCGUGUGUGCUCGUUGUUCAUGCAUGACGCAAGAUGAAAAGAAAUAAAUUUUUCCUACACUUUUUCAAAUGCUUCAA